AUUAACUUGCGGAUGUGAUGCAAUCAGCUGUGAGGUUUUUCCCUACUCGUUACACCGCGUUACGAUUUUCAGCUACUACUUGGUAUUUUACAAACAGCUUAACUGAAUUGGAAUUUAGCUUCGUUAAUGUUUACAUUUUACUUUCAGUUUUUUUUUAUUUUUUAUUAAACAGUCCGUACAGCUGUCCUUCUCACUUGCUAACGUUAGCGUAGCUUCCGUUUCCAGAUGGACGCCAGCUGAGCUGAGCUAGCAGCUGGUGAUUUUGUUUUUAUCCCUUUUCCCAGUUCACUUUUCUGCUGCUUGUCAGCGACCACCAAUUCAGCCGGACUCCCCUAUGUGUCUACUUCGGGGGCUAGGAGAGAAAGUUCAGUUGCAGUAGAUAAAUGGCCGCCGCUGCCCCCUCUGCUCCUCCCCCGGCAGCAGCAGCAGCCUCUGGUUCUGCUGCGGCCGCUGCUGAAACCUCCAGUCCAGGAGGAUCCAGUAGCUCGACCGCUGCCGACGGCGGCAACCAGGACAGUACUUUUGAAUGUAACAUCUGUCUGGACACCGCCAAGGAUGCCGUGAUCAGCCUAUGUGGACAUCUUUUCUGCUGGCCUUGUUUGCAUCAGUGGCUGGAAACCCGACCUAACAGGCAAGUGUGUCCAGUUUGUAAAGCUGGCAUCAGCAGAGAAAAAGUGAUCCCCUUAUAUGGAAGAGGAAGCACAGGACAACAGGAUCCCAGGGAAAGAACACCCCCUCGACCUCAAGGACAAAGACCUGAGCCCGAAAACCGCGGUGGUUUUCAGGGCUUUGGCUUUGGAGAUGGUGGUUUCCAGAUGUCAUUUGGGAUCGGCGCCUUUCCGUUUGGUAUUUUUGCCACAGCUUUUAACAUCAACGAUGGCAGACCUCCUCCAGCGGCUCCUGGUACCCCACAGCACGCGGACGAGCAGUUUCUUUCUCGACUCUUCCUUUUCGUUGCUUUGGUGAUGAUGUUUUGGCUGCUGAUUGCAUAAAAGCUUUGGAAACUGA